AUUUUUAUGGGUCACCACACAUGAGUUCCGCAAUGCCACACACGACUUUCUCUUUUCUUCUUCCUUUAACGUCUCAAAUUGUGUGUCUUUAAAAUGUAUAAAUUUUCCCUUUCAUUCAUUCUUGCAAUUGCAACAAUUCAGCAAAUUCGCUCCCAAUCUAAGCUACACGUGGAGGUUUUAUACGAAUCUCUUUGUCCAGACAGUCUUAACUUCAUAACCCAGCAACUACACCCCGUUUUCAAGGAAUUAUCACCCUAUGUUGACUUAAAAUUGACCCCUUUUGGCAAAAGUGCGAGUUUAGACAAUGGUUUACAAUUUGUGUGCCAACACGGCCCUAAAGAAUGCAAAGGCAACCGAAUCCAAUCAUGCGUCUUAAACGCCUUACGUGACCAAACGGCCCAAGUCGAGUAUGUUAAUUGUUUCAUGACUACGUUCAAAAAAGGGCAAAAAAAUGACGAGGAAUUUGGCCAAGCCUGUGCAGAAGCUGUUGGACUGGAGUUCAACCAAAUUUCGCAGUGUUAUGCCACAGAAACCGGCACUAAACUUCAGUUAUUAGCGGAACAAUCAACUGUGAAAGUAACUCCAAAAUUUGUGCCCACGAUUCUAUACAACGGAGUUUUUGACCAGCAACUUCAAGACAACAGUCUUGUCGAUUUCAGGGGCGUUGUUUGUAAUAUUUUGGCACAAACGUAUCCAGAGGCUUGCCAGUCACCUGCAGUUAUCAGGCUUUAAUUUUUUAAUACCAAUCCUUUAUUCAAAUCAAUUUCUUCACAUAGAAAAAUAUUUGUCUGACGUAACUUAAUAAACACUUCAAAUAUG